CCGUUGUUUUCUUCAGUGUUCGCCACCUGGCUCUUAUGACCCCAGACCGAAUGGUCUGGGAUUCGAUCCGCCUCUCUUCGGUGCUCCUGUCCUGUCAUGAGAUGCACGCUGAUCCUCCGAGCGUUGGAGGUCGCGCCAUGGGCAAAGGAGUCGGUGGAAGCAGUUCACCCAUUGGAUCUCAGCCUACAGCAGCUGGCUCGACAGGCCGGCCUGGCAGCGGCCGAGAACGUCCGAGAUCCCUUCCUGUGGCACGGUAUCCGCCUGCGAGCGCGCAGCGCUGCUCCGGUGCUGAACCUGCGAGAAGUCGCUGUCUUUCUGGGCAGCAGCGUGAAAGUGGGUUUGGUGGAUGAACCUUUUGUGGCAGCCAUGAGUGGUCGCUUGGACACCUUGAUCCGCUGGGGGAAGACCAACACCUCGCGCUCGACGAAUGCCGACUUGAUCAUUUGCUGCAAUGCUCUUCUUCGUGUGGGCUGGAAGUCCCCCAUCUAUGAGGAGAUCCUUCGCACUGUGGCCGGACGUGUGAGCGAGCUGAAGGCCUUUGAGGCAGCCUUGCUGGCAUCUUGCUUGGCGCGGAUGAGGUAUCAUGAUCCAGUUCUGCUGAGAGGAGCACGUCGAGUGGUCGAGCAGACCGUCUUCGAGGCACCGUCGGAUCCGGCCACCCUACAGCGCUGUGCCAUGCUGCUGGAGGCCUCAGCCGUUCUGGAGCCGCGGCUCCAGUCGCGCGAGGCCCUGGUCCAAACGGUGGUCACGACCCUCCGGAGCCGGUGCAACGAAGAGGUGGACGCCCCUCCGGUCUUGCACCGCUCCUUGCUGAGUUUGCUGCGCGCGGAGCUGGCCUCCCAGGAGGAGCCAUCAGAGCUGAUGCAGAUUGUGGCGGAAUACUUGGCAGUGGAGCGAUGCCUGUGGCCGGUGCAUUCGCUGGGAUCUGUGGCCACCGCCCUCCAGCGAUGGGGCCGGCAAUGUCCAGCUAUGCCACAAGUCGCUACUGGCUUACUUCGAGUCCUCCAACGGAGACUCUCUCGGCCACAGCAUAGAGGCAUUUCCCCAGAGCUCCUGCUGAAAUGCCUGGGCGCAGCUUUACCGCUCGCUCCAGAGCACAGGCAUGGGUGGUACGACUUCCAGCUGCAGCAGAUCUUAAAGCAGCUACUGCCAAAAGCAGCCGACUUACGCCCAGGUCAGCUGGUGGCGUUGGUGGAGCUUUCGGGCAUGGCCUGGGAAGGUGCAAACCCAGACUUCCGCGAGGCUCUGCAAGCUCCUUUUGAAGCGCUUCGGUCCACCGUGUACCAGCGUCUCCGGCAACUGCCGCUCCGGGCGCUUCCAGCGGUGCUGGCUGCACUUCUUCAGAUGGUGUCCAAAGAAUCCAUCGAGACGGACCUUUGGCCCGUUCUCCGGCGUUCGACCGGACUGCUGGGAUACCAGAUCCGCGAAGUGGUGGAAGGGUCGACUUCCUCCUCCUUGGAGGACUUCGACUUUGAUGCUCUCGGAGAGGUCUUCUACAUUUGUGCUGCCAGCAACUUCCAGGAUGUGGCCUUUUUCGAAUCCAGCGAAGCGUGGCUCCUGAAACAGCACCAAUCGACGGAGUUCAAGCCCUUGACUUUGGUGCAUCUUCUCCACUCCGCAGCAGUGCUUCGAGUGGCCAAGGGUCGACUGUUGCACCUCUUGGUCGCUGCCUCGGUGCAACGGAUCAACCACUUCGGAGCCUUCGAGGUGCUUGGCUUCCUGGAUGCCGCCGCCCUUCUACAGAGAGAGGCUGAUCAGCCCUCCCCGGCGGAGUUCCUGGAACACGUGGAAGGGCCACCGCCCUCCGGCGUGGGCGAGGAGGCGCUCCAGGAGGCGUUGGCUCGGGUCGUCGCCCUUUUGCCUUCUCUGGAUGACGAUGAACUGCGACCCUUCGUCCCGCUCUUGCGGUCCAUGCGCCUUCCCUCAGGACCGCGAGCGGAGCGCAUCUACCAGGAAGCGGCUGAUCGCGGACUGGAUGAAAAGAAACAGUGCAGCGGCCCAGCGUCUCAACGUUUCAGGGAGUGUCACCUGUAACAGUUGAUUUAAGAUGAUCAUAUAGUUCAUUAUAGUUCCAC